AUGAUCUUUAACUCAAAUAUCAUAACGAGAUCAUCAUCAUUGCAAUUAAAUAGAAUGAGUCCCGCUAGGAUAUCAUUAAUAAGAAAUGCUUUAUUAAGACGAUAUCAUCCCCUUAUUCGUCUAACAAGUGCAAGUAUAAGACCAUCAACACUAAGACCCUUUUAUUCGACUUCAUCCUUCCAACUAAACAAUGCGAAUGACCCAAUAUCCUCAUCAUCAAAUAAUGAGAACAACACAAACGAGAAUAGUUCAAGGAAGCAACAAACAUUUGAAUGGUCUGAAUUAGAUAACAAAGAUGAAAAAUUUCGUUUAGAAAAGAUGGAAAAAUUAGCUAAAUUGAAUGUAAUGUUAAAGGGUAUUAUCUUCGUUAUUUCUAUUGGUAUUGGAUUAAAUUUAUAUUUAAAAUGGCCACAAGUAAUCAACUGGUGGAUGAAAUUCACUGGAAAAACUCCUAUACCUACAAAAAAUCAUGAUGUUGAAUCACACAACGUUAAAAAGCAUACAAAGAUUCCAUUAAUACCUAAUGAUGAAUUAGGUAUUAAUACGCCUGGAUUAUAUUAUUGGGGAGGUUCCAAAAAAAAAUUGAAAUUUCCAAGACGUUAUAAACAAUUUGAUAAUAUGAAAUUUAAAGAUAUUUGCUUGUUAAAUGAUAAUAUUAAUUUUGCUCUAGAUUCAAAUGGUGAUUUAAUUGAAUGGAAUAUAAAUGGUGGCUUCAAUAAGAUCUUGAAGGGGCAGAAAUUGAAAAAAAUAAAGGAAUCAAAUGGUUGUUUAUAUGGAAUGAAUGAAAAUAAUGAAAUUUUAAUAAUACCUUACCAAGAAAAAAAGACCGGGCUAGAUCAAUUUAUUAAUAAGAAACACCAGUUUUUUCUUCUUCCAUGGAUAACCAAAGAUCAAUACAAUUUGAAAUUAAAAACAGAUGAUCUAUUUAAUAAGAAAUUAAAUGAAAAUAAAAUAAUUGAUUUUGAUACAGGCGAUAAUCAUUUAAUUUUGUUAUCAAAUGCUGGUAAAAUUUAUACAUGUGCUACAGGUUAUAAUGAAACGUCAUCAGAACUACAAAAUAAUACUUCUUUAAUAUCGAAGGGUCAAUUUGGUGUACCAUUUUUAUCUAAAUUUGAUAAUUAUCCAAUUGGAAAUAAAUUAUAUGAAGUAAAAUUUUUACCCAUAGGGAAUGAUAAUUUAGUAGCCAAUCCUAUGUCGAAUAAUCAUGAGAAUGAUAAUGAUGUUUUUGUCAAGAAAAUUGCUAGUGGUGGGAAUCAUAAUUUAGUAUUGGAUUCAUAUAAUAGAUUAUAUUCAUUUGGUUGGAAUCGAUUUGGACAAGUUGGAUUCCCAAUAAAUUAUCAAAAUGAAGAAAUAUCUUACCCCAAGGAAAUUUCUAAAUCAAGAUUUGGUCAACUUAUUGAUAAUAAAUUAUUUAAUUUCACCAUUUUAGAUAUACAUUGUAACAAUGAGACUUCAUUUGUAACUGUUGGUUUGAAAGAGAAGAUAAAAAUGAUGCCAAGUAAAUGGCAAAAUACUGAAGAAUAUAAUAAAAUGGAAUAUUUCUCAUUGGGGAAUGGGAUGUAUGGUGAAUUAGGUAACGGUAAUACAAAUAAUUGUCAAUGGGAACCAACAAAAAUCAAAUUUAUGAGAACGGACUUAUCAAUGAUUAAUGAUUGGUAUUGUAAUAGUAAAAGUCAUCAUGUAUUAGUUGGAUUACCAACUGAUAUAAAUUCUAAUGACAGUGAAAUAUUAAGUUGGGGAUUAAAUGAUAAUGGCCAAUUAGGUAAUGGGAAGGAGAAAGUGAAAUAUUUGAAACCCAGAAAUAUUCCAAAGAUUUUACAAAAUGGUGAUAAUGGGACUAAUCCAGAGGAAAUAUUGGCAAGUAAAUUGUUUUUAAAGGAUAAUAAUAAUGAUGCAACAAAGAAAGUCAUUGCUGUAGGUCCGACAUCAACAUGUUUAUACUGGAAAUCGUGA